AUGGGGGCGUUCGCAGCCGUGGUGAACGGCAAUGCCGAGGGCACCACAUACCCGGAAUCCAGGGUUCUGAUCAUCAUCACGGGCGGAACAAUCUGCAUGCAGCCGUCGGCUGGUGGCCUCGUGCCGGUGAAUGGGUUUAUUGACAAUGCCAUGGCGACGCGGCCGUCGUUCAAUGAUACGUCUGAGAAGGUUAAAUUAAGCGCCAUGAGAGAUGGCGAGAAGAUAACCAUCGACAGUCUCCGGACGCCGCCCAGCUCCUACUCCAAGCACAUCCGCUACGGAGCUUUAGAAUUCUCCCCACUGCUGGACUCGUCCAGUAUAAGCAGCAAGGGCUGGACCCAGAUCGCCACCGCCAUCAAGGAGAACUACCACCUCUUCGACGGCUUCGUCGUCCUCCACGGCACCGACUCGCUGGCCUACUCGGCCUCGGCCCUCUCCUUCAUGAUGCAGGAUCUAGGCAAACCAGUGAUCCUGACGGGCUCGCAGGCGUCCAUCUUCGCGCUGCAGUCCGACGCCGUCGACAACCUGCUGGGCUCGCUCAUCAUCGCCGGCACCUUCGUCAUCCCCGAGGUGUGCCUCUUCUUCCACCACACGCUGUACCGCGGCAACCGCACAACGAAAGUGUCGGCCUCGUCGUUCGAGGCCUUCGCCAGCCCCAACUGCGACGCCCUGGCCAAGGUCACGGGCUUGGGGUUGGACGUCAACUGGUCGCUGGCGCGCCGCCCGACCAAGAUCGCCCAGUUCCGCGUCACCGAGUACCUCGACACGGCGCACGUGGCCUGCGUGCGCAUCUUCCCGGGCAUCACGCCCGAGAUGGUCGACAGCGUGCUGCGGGUGCCGCACCUGCGCGGCCUGAUCCUCGAGACCUUCGGCAUGGGCAACGCGCCGUCGGGCGUCGACGGGUCGCUCACAAAAGCGAUCCGGUCCGCCGUCGAGCGCGGCAUCGUCGUCGUCAACGUCAGCCAGUGCGCCAACGGGUUCGUGUCGCCGCUCUACGCGCCGGGCUUCGCCCUCGGCCAGGCCGGCGUCGUUUUUGGUCAUGACCUGACGUCCGAGGCCGCGCUGACCAAGCUGUCGUACCUGCUCGCCAUCCCAGACCUUUCGGCGGCUGAUGUUGGGGAGCGCAUGGCGCGCGAUCUGCGCGGCGAGAUGACGGAGCUUGCUACGCCGUCUUUCACGCACCCGCUUGCUGACGACGAUGGGCGCUCCUCCGCUGCUGCGAGCUUACAGAAUCGGCUCUUUGGACCCGCCGAGGCCGCCUUUGCGGCGCUGGGGUACGCGAUCCAGGCCGGCGACCUGGCCGCCGUGGUCGAGAUCCUGGAUGCCGACGAUGUGGGUGGUGGGACUAGCAGUGGCGGUAUCCACCACUCGCGCCACCAGCUGCUGCAGCGCGCCGACUACGCGGGCAACACGGCGGUGCACCUCGCGGCCGUGUGCGGGGCGAACGAGAGUGUGCUGAAGGAGUUGCUGGUCAGGGGCGCGGGCGUGCAUGUGCGGAAUCGCGCGAAUAACACGCCCCUGUUCCUGGCGGAGAAGAUGCGGAAUGGCGGGUGUGUUAGUCUGCUGAAGGAGGCGGGGGCGGAGCUUUGGGUUGAGGAGGGGACGGGGAGGGCUUCGUAG